AUGGCACCCAGAAAGAGAACGACAAACAACAAUAAGAAGAAUAACCCAAAGAUGGCAAAGCUGGAGGCUUUUCUUCUCGACUUUGACGAUGAAGUUCAUACUAUUGUCGAGAGGCUGAAGGAGAGAACCAACAACCUUCUCAAAGAUGCAGAUAAUCUCUACAACAUGGCAAUGAUCAAGGUGCCUAUGGCAGUGAGGCAGUUGAGUUGGAUUAAGUUAUGUGAUUCAGAGAAACCAAAGUCGCCAGAAGAAGAGGCAAAAAUGAAGGAAGAGGCAGCCAGAGUGGAGAGCACCAUUGCUGAAGAUCAUAAAGCUGCUCUUAUGUCCGCCAAAAAACAAGUGCUGAAGAGCAGCGGAACCAGGGUAAACUCGGAGGAUGAGGAGAACCUUGGACCCCUGAGAUCUACCACAAAGAAGGGAAGACCAAAGAAAGCUCCAUCAACAUCUAAGAGGGCCAAAGCUCUGUCAGUCUGCAAGCAGAACAGCUCCAUCAGAAAGUCCACCAGAAAACCCCUGAUUACUCCUGCCCGUAACCUCAUGGACUCCUCCAUUAUUGGUCCAACACCCCUCAUCACGCCACGUUUUGACUCCAGGUUGCCUAAGACACCUGCGGUGAGAAUUCCCCGCCACAGAGAAAAGGUCUACAGCAUCUCUGUCAAUGGCUCACCUAUCGCCGCCGGUAACGACGAUGUCGUGAUCAAUGUCCCUCUGGGUAAUGGAGAGAGUAUCCAGCUGUUGGCCAGUGAGAUGAGCUCUGUGGAUCUCAGUCAGCUGGAUGAGAAGGCAGUGAGGAGUAUUAGACUGUUGCAGAGUCGACUGACAAACCUUUGUGGACCGUCGGAGUGA